AUGCCAGGCUUCCCAUUCGACAAGUCACCACAUUCACACACAUAUGCAUUCCUACCACCGCCUCUUGCGCGUGACUCUGCAAUACCGGCGUAUAACUUGUCGCAACAUAUCCUACAGCCUGGCAAUGCACAUCCGGGAACGUUACGGCUUGCGCAUAGUUAUACGGGUUAUCCCUCACCCGCUGUAUCAGAGGCAGAUGUGAAGCAGUUUGGUCUUGACACAGUUUUGGAAGCAUCGUUGCCGGCUACACCAAAGCAGGGAGAUCCAGAGCACCCUAACAGACCUGUCGAGCGAUCACUGCAAGAGACAUGCAGCCAGAUUGAGGAACUAUUGCGUCAAGCGACCAUUGAUCAGUUGACAUCACCUGCAUUUGAUUCUUGGAUAUUCUACAUGCAGCGCAUGCAAGAGCUGGGUCUGUUUACAGGUCGUUGCGUGCUUGAGAAGCACUGGUGGGAUAAUUUGAGGCAACAACGCUUUGAGGCCUGGAGUCGCGAUUUAUCGGAACGGUCAUGGGAGAGUCAAAGGGCGCUAGAGGAGUUAAUCCGUAAAAGCGCACGGCAGAGCUGGUAG